AUGGCUGUGCCAUAUUGUGUAGCUAAAAUUCUACAAGUUGGAGCUAGCAUUGAUGAUAUUGUAGCAGAAUUUUUUGGAGAAGAAGAACUUAUUAAUGGGUAUGAAACAUUUUGCUCAAUUGCAAUUAUGAAAAUUACAAAGAGAGGUGUUGCUAAAAAACUUUCAAGCAAAGAAGAAAGAACUGUAAUGAAUGGAAAAAAGAUAGAAAUGACAGAAAAACAAGAAGAAGCUGAUAAAAAUAACACAAAUAAAGCAGAAGAAAAGAAAAACAACUAA